AUGGGGAGACGCACCAGAAUAGUCAUAUGGAUGCUUGACUGGAUUGUACUAUACUUUGGAUUAAAUGCUACACAGACAGAAUGGGAUCUUUUUAAAUCCCCUGCCCUUCUUUUCCAGUUUUACGCCUUCUAUUGUGACCAUAAGCCAGAGAUUCAGUACGUGGUUAAGCAAUCCUUAAGAAAGGCAUUAGGAUUUCCAUUAACUAGUGCUCAUAACAAACAAGUCUGUAGCACAUGGGGUAACUACCACUUCAAGACAUUUGAUGGAGAUAUUUUCCACCUACCAUCCACUUGUAAUUAUAUCAUGUGCGCAAUGUGUGGAAGCAGCUACGAGGACUUCAACAUUCAGUUGAGACGCCAAGUAGUAAAUGACCAACCAAUAAUCACUAACAUCACAAUGAAGUUGGACAGCACUGUAGUGGAGCUCACCAAAAACUCUGUCACGGUGGACGGAAGAGUGAUGAAUCUGCCGUUUAGCCACUCUGGUAUUCUUAUCUAUAAGAGUUCCUCCUACGUCAAAGUCACUGCUAAACAUGGACUGGUGGCCAUGUGGAACGAGGAUGACUCUUUCACAGUUGAAUUGGACAUGAUGCACUUAAAUAAGACCUGCGGUUUGUGUGGAGACUUCAAUGGCAUCCAGCUACACAAUGAGUUCAUCAAAGAUGCUUGUCCCCAACCUACGGUGUUCUUUGACUGCACUAGUGCUGCUCCUGAAUCUACAGGAUCAGAGUGCCAAAAGAGCUGCAGCACAUUAGCACUGAGUGCAUCUCCGGCUGUAUGUGUCCGUCUGGGCUGGUAUCAGAUGAACAAGGAGGUCAAAUUGACAGAUGGAGGUUAUCAGAUUCUUCACAGAGAUGGGGGAGUGGACAUUCCUUACCAAAUCUUGAUAAGAGGAAUAUACAUGGUCAUUGAGGCAAAUAAUGGACUAAUUGUCAUGUGGGACCAGAGGGCAAAUAUGUUCAUCAAACUCAGUCCAAACUUUAAGGGUGCUGUUUGUGGUCUUUGCGGGAACUUUGAUGGGAACUCAAACAACGACUUCAUGUUGAGAAGUCAGGAGGUGGUAGUUAAACCCUUGGACUUUGGAAACGAUUGGAAAGAGUCUAAUAGCUGUCCUGUUACUAUGGAAAUGAGAAAUCCCUGCUCAAAUAACCCUUACAGGAAAUCAUGGGCUCAGAAAGAAUGUAGUAUCAUUACGAGUGGAGUUUUUACAACAUGUCAUUCUCAAGUGGAUCCCAAUCAUUUUUAUGAUGCUUGUGUGAGAGACUCAUGUGCUUGUGAUAGCGGUGGGGAUCAUGACUGUUUGUGUGCUGCUGUAGCAGCGUAUGCACAAGCCUGUAAUGAGGCUGGAGCCUGCGUUGCCUGGAGAACACCUAAAAUAUGCCCGUUGUUCUGUGAUUAUUACAAUGCUCCUGGCAAAUGUGAGUGGCAGUACAAACCUUGCGGAGCUCCUUGUCUGCAGACCUGCAGAAAUCCAACUGGGCAGUGCUCAAGUCAGAUACUAGCACUUGAAGUCGUUAAGUACAGUAGCUACAACAGUGUCCUCAACAAGCAUGCACAUACCACCAAGUACAACAUCAAUAGUCCAAAGUUCCUCCACCGUUACAAGUAUAUACACAGACAUAUCAACAACAAUUUCUACUGGUACACAUUCACCAACUUUUCCAACCACCAUGCCUACAACACCAAUGAAGAUAUCAACAAGCCUUAUUUCUUCAACAAACACAAGCAUAUCAGCAACGACUUCCACAAUUUUUUCUGCUACACCUUCACUUUCAUCAACAAGCAGAUUUACACAAAAUGUUACACCACCAGUCCAGAGUUCCCCCACUGUUCAGAAUUCCUCCAGUAUGACAGGCAUAACUACAACUCCAACAACAAAAACAUCUACAGCUCCAUCAACAACCUCUCCAACAUCCACAACAUUGAAAACAAGCACCCUUACUCCUACCCCUGGAUGUAUUUGCCAUUGGUCUGCUUGGAAUGCCUCUGGGGGCCCAACAACAGGUCCUGA